AAAAAAGAAGAAAAGUUUUAGAGAACCAAAGUAAAACCAAAGAAUUUUGGUUUUACUCCUUAAUUUUGAUUUUUUUUUUCUCUCUCCCAUGUCAGGUGGCUCUUCUCACAUGAGACAUAGAUUUUGGAUUUUCUUUGACAAUCAUGCUUGGGUUUAGAGAAAGAGAGAGCUACACUCCCUUUAAUUGAACUGGGACUAUAAAAAGACCAUUUGCACUUUAUAUCUGUAGAGAACAGCAGAAACAAAUACUUGGAAAGAUUUAUGAACUUUUAUCUUGUUGGAAAUGUGAUACAUGAGUAGGCCUAUUUACUCUUUCUUGAGACAUUUUCUCUGAAUGAUUCGACCUUUUUCUUCAGAUGUCUCAUUUGUCCAGUGGUCUUCAGAUUCCUUAGUCAGAUGCCUUCAUUCUCCUGGAAACACAAAAACAAAACUCUACCUCAACCCUAACUUUGGGGAGGUUCCCUUUUGGCAAGUUAUAUCUGAUCAAAUGAAAAGCAUUUGUUAGUCUUAUAAGUUAGUUUAUAUUGAAUGGUUAUGCUGUCUGACGAAUUAUUGCCUCUUCUAAUCAAGAGGUCUCUCUUGUUCAGAUCUAAGCUUUAUCAGUUUAGAUGGUAUCCAUAGGUUUUCUUCUCCUGUGAAAACAAAAGCAAAACCUCUUCCCCAACAUAACACAUAUCCUGGUUUCUUUUCUGAGGUAAACAUCUUUAAAGUAUACAGGCUGAAUUAAUUCAGUUUUUUUCUACCAUCUAAUGUCUCCACAGCUGUUGUUCCUUUCUCAUUAGCAUUUAGAAAAUUUAAAGUUAAUAAAGCGUUGUGCAAUCUAUCUCUGGGGGUCUUUAUUACCUCUUGUGUUCGAUUAGAUCUUACUAUAACUAACUGCUUGCCCUUUAGGAUUGUUUGGUAUACCUGUAACAUGCUGUAUGUUGUAAUAUGCAAAAAAACCUUCCAUUUUACUGGAGACAUAUCCUGGAGCACUAUCAGUCUUAAUUUAUACAGGUAUCCCCAUGAUGGCCAUAACUUCUAAUAAAUGUAUAGUUAACAGAAUCAGCCUUUUCAGAACUCAAAGCAGUUGCCCAUUGAAAUCCUGAGUAUGUAUCUGUGGUAUGGUGUACAUACUUUAAUUUUCCAAACUCCAAAAAAUGAAACACAUCCAUUUGCCAAAUUUCAUUUGUUUGAAUAACCUUUGGGUUACUUCCUGUAGGUAGUGAAGUUUGGUUAUACAAAAAACAAGUAGGACAGUUCCUUUAAUUUCCUUGGCUUGUUGCCAAAAGAGAAUUUUUUUUUUUCCAAACCCUUGCUAUUAACGUGGUGCUUCCUCUGAAAUUGUGAGGCUUCCAGCAUAUUUCCUACCAAUAGCUGAUAAUUUCAUCAUAAUCUUGGGCUAGAAGGCCUGGUAGACCCAUAUGGGAUCUGAUAUGUGUUAUAUACAAGAGAUGGUUUCUAUUUCUGUCUAUUUCUUGUAAUUGAAUAAAUAACAAAGUCAAUUCUGAAUCAUCUGGAAUAAGUUCAGCAGUUUCAAUAUGUAAACCUUUCUGCAUAUCGAGAGUCAAGGUUCUGGAAAAUAUAAUAACAUCAUGAAAAUAGCAUAUAAUUCUGACUUUUGAACAGAAUCAUAAGGGCUUUAGUCACUCUACUUAAAUUUUCUGAUUUGUAACUGGCCUUUCCUGAUUUGUUUGCAUCAGGAUAGAAUCGAGGGACUCCAGAAAUUGGUGUUCCCCCUACAAUGUGAGGAAGGACCCAAUUAGUUCUCAUUAUAAACUGAAGUCUCUUGCUUUGGGAUAUAUGUUGUUAAUCUCUCCCAAAAAAUUACUUUGAGCUUUUUGCCAGUGUUUGUUUUCUCUCCUUAAUGAGGACAUUUCAGCAUUCGUAAAAAGUACCACCAUUUCUGCUGGGUCUAUUCCUGCUAAUUGUUGAAGUCUUCAUUUUCCUUUCAGAAUCCACUUAGAAACCUUUUCUACAUAGGUCUUUAAUUUUUUUAUUUUUGUGUGGUAAAAAUAUCUGUUCUAAGAUAUUAUCUUCUCUCUGCACCAGAAUUCCAGUAGGAGAAUGUGUAGAAGGUGAAAUAACCAGAAUACAGUUAAGCUGUGGGUCUACAUGGUCCACAUGUGCAUCCUGUAAUUUUUCUGCCAAAGCCAAUUCUCAUCCAGCUUCAGCUGACAAUUUUCUUGGACUAUUUAAGUCCUUAUCACCUGUAAGGUUUGAAAUAAAUUACUUAGUUCUUGAGUUGUCAAUCUAGUUGUGGACUGUAGCCAGUUAAUUUCUGAAAAUCAUUAAGAAUUCGUAAUUGAUCUCUCCUGAUUUGUCCUUUCUGUGGUCUUUCCACAUCAGCAUAAUGGCCCUCACCAAGGAUGGUGUCAUCCAGUCCCAGGAUGCUGCCCAAGAACCAUGUCUGGUUCCCUGGCCCUUAUACAGCUAGUCCUAUUGACAUGUAGCUUGUGUUGCCACCGAGCACCAUGAGGAUGCCCAGGGUCAGAUCAGCCACCUGAGUCCAGGUUUCUACUCCAGAAACAGACCUCUUUGCUCACAUAAUGGGAUGAGGCACUACAGAGACACUCCUCUGAAUUUCUGAGACUUGUGUGGUUUUCCUCUCUUGAGAGCUACACUAGCUAAUACAUUACAGGCCUAGGGAGUUCAAGGUGCCUUUUCUGUGUCCCCAGCCAGAGCUGUUGCAGCCAGUGCUGAACUGAGGGUAACCUCCCUACAGGGAUCACAGUGAUGAAUACAGCUGCUACCUGCCUUUGGGACAGUGAGGACAUCUGCUGAAAAAAGAAACCAAGAAUCUGCCCACCAGUUUUCAAGACCACAGCCUUUUCCCACUGGUAUUUUCCAGGCCUUAAAACUGCAAAUUAUUGGCUGGAAAAGGUAGACAUCAUGUUCACAGUACCUGGCUUGGCAGCGAUUGGGGGAAGGCCUUAUUCCUGCAGUGUGUGUGGCAAGAGCUUUCGGUACAGUGCAGUGCUGCUGCGGCAUGAACGUGCCCAUGGUGGUGACAAGCGUUUCCGCUGUCUAGAGUGCGGUGAACGCUAUGCUCGAGCCUCAGACCUGCGUGCACACAGGCAGACCCAUGCUGGCCAGACCCUGUAUGUCUGCAGUGAGUGUGGCCAGAGCUUCAAUCACAACAGCCUGCUGGACCUGCACCUAGGGACGCACAGGAGGCGUAGCCGCACCUGCCCUUGCCGCCUCUGCGGCCGCCGCUUCCCUCACAUCCCUGCAUUGCUGCUCCCCAGGGUCCAUCAGCACCCACCUGAGAAGCCCCACCGCUGCCCACUGUGUGCCCGCACCUUUCGGCAGAGUGCUCUUCCUUUUCACCUGGCUCGGGCGCAUCCCCCAGAGACUACCACUACCACUGCCCCUUCCCCCAGCCCGCUCCACCACUGUACACAGUGUCCAAGAGCCUUCCGUAGUAGUGCUGGGCUACGGAACCAUUCCCGCAUCCACGUAGUCCUCAGCCUCAGCGACCCAGGCGCUGAGGCCCACCAAUGUAGUGUGUGUGGUAAGAGCUUCGGCAAGAGUUCCACGCUCACACGACAUCUCCAGAGGCACUCGGGGGAGAAGCCUUUCAAGUGCCCAGAGUGUGGCAAGGGCUUCUUGGAGAGUGCCACGCUGGUGCGGCACCAGCGAACACACACCGGGGAAAAGCCAUACUCAUGUAGCGACUGUGGACGCUGCUUUAGUGAGAGCUCCACCCUGCUGCGCCACCAGCGCAGCCACCAGGGUGAACGACCACAUGUGUGCCCCACUUGUGGCAAGGGCUUCGGACAGCGAUAUGACCUUGUGGUACACCAGCGCAGCCACACAGGGGAGAGGCCCUUCCCAUGCCCAGAGUGCGGACGAGGCUUCACAGACCGCUCAGACCUCACCAAACACCUGCGCACACACACUGGGGAAAAGCCUUACCACUGUGAGCUGUGUGGCAAGCGAUUCACCUGCAUCUCCAACCUCAAUGUGCAUUUGCGCAAUCAUGCAGGUCAUAAACCACACAAGUGCCCAGAGUGUGGCAAGUCCUUCAGUGUUGCCUCCAAGCUUGCACUGCACAGAAAAACACACCUAGGUGAGAGGACAGCAGAGUGCACGGAGUGUGGCAAAUUCUUUAGCCACGGCCGGUCACUGUCACAGCACCAGCGGUCCCACAGACGUGCUCGAGCAGCUGCAGUGGCAGCCACUACUACCACCACUGUAGUCACUGAGGUGACAGUGGGUCCUCCCCUUGCCCUCACAGGGCCAACAGAACAGGAGAAAUCAGAGCUUUUAAUGUCUCCAUUUCAGGAAACUUGCUAAGAGGGCCCUGUGAGAUAGCUGGGUGAACACACAUUCAGCACCAAGGAAAAGGGCAUAUCAGAUGGUUUGGAAGCCAGACCUACUGCUGUUGCAUUGUUGUUAGGUAUUUACCUAGCUUAGCUUGCCUUGCCUCCAAACCAAGAUCCCCACUAGCUCUAACAUCAUCCACCCUUAUGUUCCCCAACUCUGAGUACCAUGAGUCAGGGAGCCAAAAACAAACCCCUAUGCAAGACAGACCAGAUGUCUAGACGUGCCCUGUUGCUGCCACUGUGCUCUCUGUUGUGUGAGCCUGAGCUCAGUUUCUUUCCUGGCUCUUCGGGCAACAUAUUUGGUCAGUUAGGUGUCUUCGCAUCUGCCUGUUAAUAACUCCUACUUUCUCUUGCUUGAGACACGUAGUUGCAGAGGUGAAACAAAGGCAGUAUGGAAGGGUUGAAUAGUUCCCUUCAUUAAAGGUCCAAGAUCUGUUGCAAGUUACUCCCUUGAAAAGGUAAAAGCAGGUAAAGGCACCAGCUGAUGACCUGAAUUUGACCCCUUGAACCCACAUGUGUCAUGGCACAUGUGCACACACAAAGAAGUAAUCUUUUUUUCCAAUAAAUGGCUCUUGGGACAGUUUUCUCUAGCCAGGUAAGAAAUAUUUGCCUUGGGAUGCAGCCUGAGACUGUAUGGGUCCAUAAAGCCCAGUGACACCAUAUGAAACAAAAGAAUGGUAUUUCCAGAUGAAGCUUCAAGGCACGAGGAAACAAGUUCCCUGGAGUCCUGGGCAAGGGCAGGAUAUAAAGCCUGGAAUCGGUCAAUGACUGCUUAUAGCUGGUAAAAUUGUUACUUGUUUGGGUUUGUGACACCAAGAAACCCUUUGUCAAAAUGAAUUUCAUGUUCUUGUCCCUUUUGGUGGUGGUUUCUUCAUUGCUAUGACAAAAUGCCUGAGAAAAUCAACUUAAAGAUUUAUUUUAGCUCA